UGUUGAAUCUAGAAAAUGUAUUUACAGACAAUUUUCCUAUUCUCAAUACUAGUUGUAGCUUACGGCGAUGAUGACAAAAUUAAUCUAGAUGUGAACAAUGAAUUUUUCAGUUUCGGGUCGAAAAAGAAAACUGAAUCGAUUGCACCCAGUCUUGAAAAUUCUGUUUUGAAAUCCAAAGUUGAAGUUUUAGGCGAGGUUUUGAAGGAGAAAGUCGACGAAUUGAGAGAAGCUGAGAAGACUCGUUUGUUAGAGUUGGUUUUCCUAGUUGAUGCAUCGUCGAGUGUAGGCCAGGACAAUUUUGCCUCCGAAUUGAAGUUUGUGCGAAAACUUUUGGCCGACUUGACAAUAUCGAGCAAUCACACGCGAGUCGCUUUAGUCACAUUCUCGUCCGCUGACAAAGUGUUGUUAGAGUUGGUUUUCCUAGUUGAUGCAUCGUCGAGUGUAGGCCAGGACAAUUUUGCCUCCGAAUUGAAGUUUGUGCGAAAACUUUUGGCCGACUUGACAAUAUCGAGCAAUCACACGCGAGUCGCUUUAGUCACAUUCUCGUCCGCUGACAAAGUGAUUAGACACAUUGAUCAAAUAAGCGGUGGCGGCUUGUCACAUAACAAAUGUGAAUUGAUGAAUUUGGACAUUGAUUAUUCUGGCGGAGGAACUUUCACGUUGGGAGCUGUUCUGAAUGCUCAGGAGCUGUUCUCACUAGCUCGUCCUGGCGCCCGGUGUGUCCUGUUCCUAGUUACGGACGGCUUCUCGAACGGAGGCGACCCGCGUCCCGUGGCGGCGUCUCUGAAGGCGGAGGCCGACGUCGAGAUAUUAACAUUUGGAAUCAGCACUGGCAACACCGCUGAAUUGGUCGACAUGGCCUCCACACCUGCUCACCUCCACUCCUUCCUACUCGACAGCUUCACUCAGUUUGAGGCUUUGGCUAGGCGCGCUCUACAUCACGAUUUGGCAAUGGGACAUUACAUUGCAGUUGAGACAAGCCACUGUAGAGAUGAGUGUGCACCUUCGGCUGUGUGUGGCUGUGGACUGAGAACCGGUUUUUAUUCCUGCCUGUGUCCGCCUGGCUUCUAUGGUCCGGCAACGGCUGAUUCUUCCGAGCCAUGCAUUAUGUGUCCAAAUGGAACAUACAGUGACGGGCUUGUGCCUGGUGAUAUAACAGUAUGCACACCUUGUCCUGAUGUCAAUCACAAUACCAGAUUUCCAGCUAAGGCUUUUGAGGAUUGCUAUUGCAAACAGGGCUACAAAACUGCUGAGGAUGAUCCAAGUCAAUGUGAAAUGGUGCACUGUCCGGACUUGGAUGUGCCGGAGAAUGGGUUCAUGGUGCACGGAUGGUGUAGCACCCUGAUGAACGCCGCGUGUGGGGUGCGCUGUGACAGUGCACACACGCUGGAUGGCUCCAGCAUCCGCAUCUGUCUGCCCAACGGCACCUGGUCCGGCAUCCCCGUCACUUGUACAAUGGUGCACUGUCCGGACUUGGAUGUGCCGGAGAAUGGGUUCAUGGUGCACGGAUGGUGUAGCACCCUGAUGAACGCCGCGUGUGGGGUGCGCUGUGACAGUGCACACACGCUGGAUGGCUCCAGCAUCCGCAUCUGUCUGCCCAACGGCACCUGGUCCGGCAUCCCCGUCACUUGUACAAUUAAACGUUGUCCAAGACUACCUAUUAUUGAGAACGGAAACCUGACCUGUUAUCCGGACGAACCAGAGCUUGACUCACCUGUGGACGCCGAGUGUGUUGCCACGUGUGAUGAUGGAUUUUUUCUGAUUGGCUCCAAGAAACGCACCUGUCUCCCUCUGUCUAAGUGGGAUGGAAGAUCCAAUAUAUGCAAAGCUAUGCAAUGCCCAGCUCUGCCACCAAUCAACAACGGAUUCUAUUCGCCUGAAAAUUGUACUUCGAGAAAGAAACAUGAAUUUGGAAAAAUGUGUGAGAUCUCGUGUUUGCCAGGCUAUGAGUUGCAUGGACCUGAUCAGCAAAAAUGUCUAGCGAAAGGUGUAUGGAGCAGAAGAAAAGAAACAACAACCUGUCUUGAUGUCACUCCACCCAUGCUGCAAUGUCCACCCGAUAUAUUCAUGACUCCAGAUUCUUCAUCUGGAAAAGCACUGGUGAGCUGGAUUGAACCGGAACCAGUAGAUAACUCGAAUGAAUCAGUUCUACUGUGGAAUGAACCAGCCUUGGAAUCUCCAUUGCUGUUGGGACCAGGCAUAACAGUAAUUACAUACACUGCCACAGACCCUAGUUUCAAUCAAAUAUCUUGCAAUUUCUCAAUUUUUGUUGAGGAUAAUGAGCCUCCAACAGUAAGUAAUUGCGAUUCAGAUCAAAGUUUUCUCAUAAGUGUCAGUGAGCGGGCAACAGCAAAUUGGUUGAAACCUGAUUUUCAUGAUAAUUCCGAACAACAUUUGAAGAUAUUCGAAUCUCACAAUUUGAAUGAGCUGCCUGUGGGAUUGAGUCACAUCACAUACACGGCGACUGACGCAUUCGGCAACAACGUAUCCUGCACUCUAUCUGUUCAAGUGAUUGAAGAAAUGUGUGAACUGCCAAAUAAUCCGUUGAAUGGGAGGCUGAACUGCAGUGAAACACUCGAUAAUGGAGGAAUAACAUGCUCUGUUAUUUGCAAUGAGGGGUAUUCCCUUAUAACGAGGAAUGGAGGCUCACGAUUCAUAUGCAAUUCCACUUUUUCCGACUUGGAACUUAUUCCUGAUUGCACAGAGACUGAAAUACCAAGCAGUGUACUUCAAAAAGGAGAAUUGUCUUUUGAGCCCGCCGAUAAAAGUAAUGACGUAUGUGAUAAUCACGUUUUCCUAAACCAGGUGAGAGCAGUAAUCCAACGCUAUCUAGAAUCUGAAUGUGAAGAAAAUGAAGCAACUUGUCUGGUUGAUAACGAAGUGAGGACGGAAUGUGACAACAGGAGCGGGGGAGGGGGGGAAAAGUCGUAUGCCUCAGGUUUAGAAGAAAGGAGCAACGACGUGAAGUACAGGAGAAGGAGAAAAGUCGGUAACAAUUCUCGAGUUAAAGUCAAGUUUACAAUGAAAGUCAAGACAGGUAAGAACAAGAGUGAUGAAAUUCUUCAUGGUCUGACAAAAAAUGAUCUAUUAAUGAAAGCGGGCAUCGAUGUUGGAGUGGAGCCUCAAUUGAUCAUCCAUGAGCAGUUGCCUUUAUGCUCGGUUGGAUUUGUAAUUCGAGGUGAUAGUUGUAUAAAGUGUCCCCCUGGAACGUUAUGGGCGAAUAAUACACACUGCAGUCCUUGCCAAUUGGGCUUCUAUCAACCGAAACCUGGCCAAAGCCAGUGCCUGCAAUGUCCCGAGGCAACCUCCACCAGGCGAGUUCAAGCACGCAGUGGUCGAGCUUGCAGAUCUAUUUGCCCUCCAGGCACUUAUAGUAGGAGUCGAGGCAAGUACCCAUGGAAUGAGGGUGACAUGGGUGUGAAGCCGUGCAUCAAUUGUCCAUUGGGGACAUUCCAACCAGAACACGGUGCGUUGUCAUGCAUCAAGUGCGCCAAUAAUCAAACAACUAAACAGAAAGGUAGCAAUUCAAGACACCAGUGUAUUGCGCUGGCAAACAACAGCACUUCCAAUAUGGUGAAAGAAUGUAAGGAAAUACGCAGAGGUCACGUGACUAAAUAUGUAGGAUUGAAUUGUACACCCCAUGUUGACUUUUGCCUGACAAAGCCUUGCCUGCAUGCUGGCACAUGCCUGUCAAAUCAAACUGCUCACACAUGCUUGUGUGCUCCAGGCUUCGAGGGAAAUGAAUGUCAGAAUAAAAUUGAUGAGUGUUCAUUAGGGCCAUGUCAAAAUGGAGGUGAGUGUUUGCAAGCAGUUGAUGGCUUCUACUGUCAUUGUCCAUCAUCUUUUGAAGGCCAAUUCUGCGAAUCGAAAAUAGACGAAUGCUCAGUCGACCCUUGUGCUACUGGCGCUUCCUGUUCUAAUAGUAAAGAAGGCUACACUUGCAAAUGUGGAAGUGAGUUUUCUGGCAAAAACUGCGAGAUCAGUCCUUGUGAUAGAACUGAUCAACCUUGUAUGAAUCGAGGUUUUUGUCACACGGAUUCCAAUCCCACCCACCAAUCAUACAGCUGUGAAUGCUCAGAAAACUGGACAGGAAAGCAUUGCAAUGAGUCGCUUGAUAAAUGUGCCAGCGCACCAUGUCUGAAUUCGGCAACUUGCAUAGCUAUUUCUGGUAGUUUGAAUUUUUCCUGCUCUUGCAUUGCUGGAUUUUUCGGAAGAUUCUGUGAAACUUAUGUAUCGUCGGAUUUCUCAUUGAACUUUCCAAUUCCUGGAACACUUGACUAUGCAAAAAUCAGAGGACCAACUAAAGAUCUACAUGAAGUGAGUCUAUGCAUGUGGCUCCAGUCAUCUGAUAGGCGGAACUAUGGAACUUUAUUUUCUUAUGCAACCAACUCUUAUGACAAUACCUUCACUCUGACCGACUACAAUGGUCUGGUUUUGUAUGUGAACGGCAGACGAGUAGUGACUGAUGCUCAAGUGAACGAUGGUUCCUGGCACAGUGUUUGUGUCCAUUGGACCGCACUGGGAGGAUUUUGGAAUUUAUACUUGGAUGGCAUUUUGAAAGAAAGUGGAUCUGGUUUGUCCAACAAUUCUAAUAUUCCAGGUAACGGCGUAAUAGUAGUGGGUCAAGACCAGGAUCGGGUGGGAGGCGGCUUCAAUCCGGCAGAGGCAUUUGUCGGCCGCUUGGCGGGGCUCGACUUGUGGGACUUCAAACUGAAAGAUGGCAUGAUCACUGCGCAUGCGCACAACUGCAACCAUAAUUUGUCCGGCAAUAUACUUACCUGGUCGCAACUGUAUCACGUGCUCCACGGUAAUGUUCAGGUUGAUGAGUCGCCACUGUGCAAAGGCUGCAGUGCAUUGAUUGCACCCCAACACUCAACUCUGAGACUGGAUGAUGAGAGCAUGGUCGGAAGUUUGGCCCACUACCAAUGUGACGCGGGGUAUGUGGUCGCCAAAUGGACUCAAAACAGUUAUCACUCAAGGAAAUGUCUGAAGGAUGGAAGCUGGCAGGGACAUGCACCCAUUUGUCAAAAAUGCUACUGUGGCUUCCCUGGAUAUUUUCCACAUGGGAAGAUUAUUGGGAACUCGUUCUUCUUCAAAGAUGAGAUUACUUACGAGUGCUUUGCUGGUUUCAAGUUGGUUGGAGCAAAAAAGAGGAUCUGCUUAGAGAAUGGGACUUGGAGUGAAAUUUCACCCACCUGUCAAGUGGAAUCAUGCCCAUUGCUGAGCAGACCAGAUUACGCUCAUAUGUGGCUGGUUGUGAGCUCCUCGUUCCACAUGGAGUUCGAGUGUGAGCGAGGAUAUGUGCUGGAAGGACUCGCUCUCAUAAGGUGUCUGGCGAAUGGACAAUGGGAUAGUCCUGCUCCAACUUGUUCACCAGUAAACUGCUCCACGCCGGAGAGGAUCGGACAUUUUGUACCAAUUCUAAGAUCGACCAGCUAUCAAUUUGGCAGUGAAGUGCAGUUUGCUUGCGAUGAAGGAUAUGAAGUCGAUAUUGAGCUACCGCCACCUAGCUCUUUUUUGACGGCAGUUUGUAACAGCUCAGGCCACUGGUCUCAUAAUUUGCAUUCUUUUCGAUGUGUUCAAACCCGUUACCGGUACUGUACUGAAAUUGCUCACAUCCAAAGUGAAAAAUCUACAAAGGGCAUUCUGUUCAAAUAUGGUGACACCAUAGACAUUGAUUGUAUUCCAGGCUACCAGCUGAUUGGUCCAAAGCAAAGGGUGUGUCUCUUGAAUGGAACCUGGUCUGGACCACAAAUAGUAUGCAAACAAACCGUUUGUCCUGCUCUGAAUCAAAGUGCAUCACAGCUUGAAAGCAACCACUUCGAUAUUGUAGUGUCAAAUCAUAGUUACGGUGGUUCACUGGUGGUGAAAUGUAAAAAAGGCUUCGAGCUGACUGUCGAUGACGAGGUUUUGAAGAAUUUGCAGUGGACCUGCGACAAGGAUGGAGUCUGGAAAGGAGAGAUUUCGCUGGCAGAUUCUGUGUCUUGGAAAUGUGAGACUGAGAAGGAGAAACAAUGUUUUCCACCUGAGGAACCAAGUAAUGGAUAUGUUUUGGAGCCAGAAAUUGAAUUCACAACUCACUAUCCUAUUGGCAAAAUGUUUAACAUCAGUUGUCGACAAGGUUAUUUGUUGAAGGGUGAAAAUUUCACAGAAUGCUUGAAAAGUGGUACUUGGAGUCAUGCCUCCAGAAUUAUCUGUGAAGCCGUUGAAUGUUCAAUACCAACUCUGCCAGCAAAUACAGCUUUAACGAUUUUGUCAGAUACAAAGUAUGGCAGUUUAGCUCAAUUCAAAUGUGUGCCAGGAUUUCGUGAAUUUGGAUUAUUUUCUAUCCACUGUCAGGCAAAUGGAAAAUGGUCCCGAUUACGAGGCAAAUGUCUCAGAAUCAGUUGUAAUAAGCCCGCUGUACAUCCCGAUGCAGAAAUAUCGGGGGAUUCUUAUUUGUAUAAUGCGCGAUUGAAAGUAACUUGUCCGGAAGGAACUCUACUGAAAGGCGACUCAACCAUCACAUGCCUUUCCACUGGCUUGUGGUCGGAUAUACCAGUUUGUGCAAAUAUUCAACUUUGAAGUACCUAUCCAAGUCAUUAUAUACAUCUGGAUUAUUUUCUCUGAAUUUCAUGUAGAAUAGAUUUUUUUGAUGUAGAGUGAGAGUAAUAUUAUAUUAUAGUAAUAAUGUAAUAUAGUAGAAAUAUAUAGUUCACUUUCCUACAAAGUACCCUCACUUUAAUAAAAUAAUUACCUUUCAAGUAAUAUAGGCUUGCUCUUGCAAGCAGCGUUCCCUUUGCUGACAAUACAAACUCAAUCAUUGUUGGGAAUGAUUAGCAAAACAACUACAAAGACAGGGAAAUGAGUUUCAUUAAAGCAUUGGAGUUUCGUGAAGAGCAAUAAGCUGAAGGUCAACAUUCAGUACUCUGUAUGAUGCUUGGAUAACCUUCCAGAACGCCAUGCCGGUGCCGUGUCUGUUUCGAGCCGCAAUAAUUCUUACUCUUCCCUGCUUGUAUCAGGGCCGCCCAAAGGGCAGGGCGACCGGGGCGGUCGCCCCGGGCGUCGCGGCUAGGGGGGCGCCGCGGUCGUAUAAUGAUUACAGCCCCGACACUAUCGGUUCUAGUACCUUUAUUUCACCUUCACGUUAAAAGUCUUGAACCAUUUUCUUAUCAAUCCAUUUCUAUGUAUAACUCAUUACUUAUAUGUUUAGUGUGAAUUGUGGCAUAAACAAUAAAACUUGGCGUUCACUGACUAUACUUUGGUAAAUACAGUCACUCUACGCAUAGCGUAGGCGUAUAUUUUUCCAAUCAUUGAGUGAGCCUGUGCUCCUGCAAACUGCAAGUCGUCCUUGGUCGCUUCAUUGUCCCAAGCUGGGUGAUAAAACUUCUAAUCUUAUACUCUUUUCUAACCUUGUAUUCUGCAGGCUAAAACCUAUUUAUUUCCAAAUUUCCGUUAAUAUUCCUAAAUUGAAAAUUUUUCAAUAUAAAAUAAAUUAAAUUUUUCAAUCUAAAAUAAAUUGAAAAUUUAUUAACGGAAUAUAAACGGAAAUUUAAAAUUAAAUAGGUUUUAACCUGCAGAAUACAAGGUUAGAAGAGAGUAUAAAAUAAGACAAGCUGGGCCGGAUGGUUUAAAUAUGGAGCAGUUCAAGCAUGGGGGACUCUUCUUCAAACUUCGCUUCCUCCAUUUGAUAAAUAUGUACUGGAGACAAUAUUGAGCAUCCCAGAAGUUUGGAAAGUGGCUACAGUCAAGUCAAAUCUCUUUUCAAGAAGGGAGAUAUAGUCCAGUCACUAUACUUUGGUGCUUGUUAUUUAUAUUGUAGUUCUGAUUUUUUAAUAUAUUAUUUGGCUACAUGAGAAAAGUCCAGAACCAAUUUCUUCAUGCAAAAUUUCCUUGUGCUAGAUACAGAGUGGCCCAAAAACCUCGUAUUUUCAGUUCAUUUUCCAGAUUUCAGCUAUUUCUGCCAAAUCCAGUAAACAAACGGACGGAAAAAUUUGCUCUAUACUAGCCUUUGUUUUAGAUUAUAAAAUUCUGAAUAAAAUGAGAUCAUUCGCAACUCUUUAUCUUCAAUAAGUACUGAGUUAAGAUUUCUCAAAAAUAAGUAAAUUUUAAAGAAACAAAUCAAUUCUAAUGAAUUAUAGUUCUUUAUCAACAAUAUCUUCCGAUUGUUACGAUUUAGUUAGAUGUAUAAUUCAAAGUCCCUCUGGGCGUAUUUUUGUGCUCUACAAUCUAAGAUCAGGUAGAGCGCUCUAUCUCAUAUAGAUUUCCAGGUACAACUGACAACAAUAAUGCUCCUUGUAUUGUGAAAAACUCCUCAUUUUCGGCUUCAACCAUCUUCACCAACUACUAGAAAUUGGCAAUUUUUUGUGUAUUGGAAUAUGUGCUUAAGUACACUCAACAAUAAAUUUUCAACUUUUCGACCGAAUUUGACUCAUGAUUCAUGGUUAUGGACUGCCUUGACGAGCCGAGAAGAAUGAUGUGAAGUAAGAUGAGAUACGAGCAUUGUGUCAUGAGUUGUGUGUUUGAAAUUUUGAUCCUUGAGGUGUUCUUAUGCGCGCCUCUCCACUAGGAAAUACUGAAAUGAAGUGCAUCUCAAGUUGAUUCUCAUAGAGCAUAAUCUCAUGAACUUAUGUCAUUGUGCGAAAUAUCAAUGUGAGGACAAUGUAGUUGGUGAUGAUCGUUGAAGCCGAAAAUGAGGUGUUUUUCACAAC